AUGUCAAGGUUCUUCUUAGCUUACUCCAAUUCCUUGAAAAAUCAUCCUUUAAUUACCAAUGGUCUAACAACUGGCUUUUUAUUCGGCUCUGGUGAUGUCCUAGCUCAAUUUCUAUUUCCACUUGAAGAUUCAACAAUCUCCCAAGAUACUUCUGAACUUUUAAAUAAUCCAUCUCUAAUUGAUUCAAUUAUCCCAAAUAAAACCAAUAAACAAAAUAAUUCACGCGCCUCCUGGCUUUUGCAUUAUGAUAUUAAAAGAACAAUUAGAGCCAUCAUUUACGGCAGUCUAAUCUUCAGUGUUAUCGGUGAUAAAUGGUACAAGAUUCUACCUAAAAUCAAUUUCCCUUUCUUCAAAAACUCAAUCUACUUUAUCAACAACCCCAAUUUCAAAUCAAAUCUAGAUACCCUAGCAAGAGUCACUUGCGACCAACUACUCUUUGCUCCACUUGGUAUCCCACUCUACUAUUCCGCCAUGUCCCUCUUGGAAAAUAAAUCAUUCAACGACUUGAAAGAAAACUUGUUAAAUAACUAUAAAGUCACCCUAUUGACUAACUGGGCUGUUUGGCCCUUUUUUCAAUUCCUAAAUUUCUCUCUAGUUCCGGUCCAACAUAGACUACUAACCGUCAAUAUCGUAUCUAUUUUAUGGAACUGUUUCCUAAGUUAUAGAAACAAUACCUCUUCUAAAUUAAUCAAUAGAAACCCAACCUAUUCGCCACCAUUGCCUGAAUAA